ACACACGUGACCGAUCCAUCCCUAUCCCGUUUCGUCAGCAAGUGGAAAAGAUGUAAUUUAACAGGAUUUGUUGAGAUAGUGAGGUUUCUGAUGUAUUCUUUAUGAACCUGUGAAUCCGAUCUAAACUGAAACCAUGCUGAAAUGGUUAUCUGGUGAGGAGGCAGAGCCGGGAUCCAGAGGCCCAGGCUCUCCCCGCGGUGCUGCUGGUGGUGGAGAGGCUACUGCUGAAGAGUUGGCAGAGCGCCUGAGCCAGACUGAGCAGCUGGUCACUCAGCUGAAGGAGCUGAUCCGAGAGAAGGAUGCAGCACUUCACGCCAAAGAUGACCAGCUGAAGGUGGAGAAGGAGGCAUGUGAGACCAGACUGUCAAAGUUGCGUCUCCAGAACAAGGCCAAAGUGACAUCCCUCACCACCCAGCUGGAGGAGCUGAGGAAACAGCAGGGAGGUCAGGACACGCCAACACACAGCAAGAAGGGGUCAUCAGAAGGUGGAGGAGAGCAAGCCAGUCGGGGCAAGAUCGUCUUGCUAAGGAAGAAGGUUGAGGAACUGGAGCAGCAGCUUGCACAAAGAGAUGAGGAACUGGAAAACAAGAGCAAAGUGCUGGAGUCACAGCGGCAGCGAGGCGAGGAAAUGGAUGCCAUGCUGACGGAGAAGGACAGGAAGCUGGCAGAAAAAGAGGCCUACAUUGUGCACCUCCAAACUGCACUGGCAGGAGAUCAGCCUGUAAUGCCUGCACCCCAGCAAAAGGUGGCAGAGGACAGUGGAGCAGUGCAGGAGCUCCAGCUGCUGGUACAGAGUCUGACCAGAAAGGUGGGAGAAGCAGAGGAGCGCUACAGUUUGCUGCAGGAGCAGACGGACAGCCUCAGAGAGCUGCUGGCCACAGAGAAGGAGCAGUACAGCCAGAAGGAGAGCAUGUACAAGCAGAAUAUCCAGACAUUCAAAGACAUCAUCAUUCAGAAGGAUAACCAGCUGAUGCAGAUCAACCAGAUGCACGAGCAGGAGCUCUUUAAGCUAGCAGCCAAGUCGGAUGCCAGUGCAGACUUGGAGCAGCUUUUGAAGGCGCUCAAACAGAAGCUCCAUGAGAAAGAAGAGGUGUUGCGGGGCAAAACCCAAGUCAUUGACGUGCUCCAGGGAGAGGUGGACGGCAGGGACGAGCAGAUAAAGGAGCUUACAGAACGGCUGCGUCGGCUGCAGGUUGAGCGAGAGAGCCUGGAAUCUAAGAUGGAGGCAGAGAAGCACGUGAUGCGAGCACAACUGCGCGACCUGAUGGAGAAGCAGCAGGCGGAGCUGCAGCGAGUCACCACGCAGCAUCAGGUACAGAUUGAUCAAACCCAGCGGGAUCUCCUGGGACAGCUGGAGGAGCUGAGGAGGGUCUCGGUCGCAGUGCCACCUGCCAGCCAGGAGGCCCCAGGAGGUGGAGCCAUGCUCACAGAUUCAGCCUCCAUUCAAAGGAUAGCAGAGCUGGAAGCCCAAGCAAAGCAAAAAAGAGAUGAAGCCAGCAGAUCAGAGGCCAAGUUCCUGAAAAUGAAAGCCUGGUCUAAGACUCGAAUCAGACAGUUGGAGGAGGAGCUGAAGAAAAUUCAGGCUGGAGCCGCCGCCCCAGACCUGACUGCCCUGCGGAGUCGGAUCACAGCGCUGGAGGAGGAACGAGAAGAAAACCUGUGGAAGGUGGAGCAAUACAAGGAGCUCAAAACAAAUAACGAAAUGCUGGAGGCUAAGCUGGUGGUGUAUGAGGAGCAACAGAGGGCGCUACAAGCAGACCUGGAGCAGUUCACCAAGAGGGCUGCCUCUCAGGCCAGUGAGUCGGGCAGCGCUGAUGACACUCAGAGCCAAGUCCUGGAGUGGCAGGAGAUGGUAGCUGAGGCAGUGAGCGCCAGGGACCGGGCCAGCGAGGAGAAGACUGCCAUGGCCCUCCGCAUUAGCCACAUAGAAGAGGAACGAGAGGAACUGAUUGAGGAUGACUGGUUCUUUCCUGGCUGCUCCGAUCCAGCACUGGCCACUCGGCAGCAGGAGAUGGAGGAGGAGCUGGCUCAAGCUCGGGGGCUCGACCAACACAGGGCCAAGAAGCUGACAGCUCUGGCCCAGCGGAGCCUGCAGGAGGACUUUGAGUUUGAUGGGCACGCCUCAUUCCAGGACCCACGCAGCACCUCAGAGAGCACCACCCCGAUGGAGGGAGAGAACAUGGGAGGUUGGUGGCCCGAGUACAGUACUCCUGACACAGAUGGUCUGCGGUCUGUUGUGGAGGAGCUGGAGCUAGAAAGGAACCAGCUGCAGGAGCAGAUACUGAGCCUGGAGGAGCGCUGCCAAGGUCUGGAGGAUCGGCUGCAGCUGCAGGCACGCAUCGAGGCAUUACAGGUGACGUUUGAUGUAAAUGAAGAUGAGCAGCCAUUUUGGGCCUCUCAGAAUGAGUCAGAGAAACUGCAGAGCCAAGUUGCCAGCCUUCGAUUUCAACAGAGCAGGGAUGCAGAGAAUCAUCAGCUACUGGUUAACAACCUUAAUGAGCAGCUCAAAGGGUUGACAGAAACUCAAGAGUGCCUGGAAAGCUCCCUCGUUGAGAAGGAGAAUACACUGGCAAAGACGUCUGAGAAACUUGAGCUGAUUAACAGCCUCCGAGAAUCAUUGAGUGAAAAAGAGGUUCAGUACAAAGAGGUGACUGACAAGCUCCUUCAGACUGAGAAUGCUCUUGAGAAUGUUUCCAAGAAGUGCAGUAGCUCAGAGAAACAGUGCUUCAAGUUGAAGACAGAAGUUGCAGAUCUCAUGCAGAAGCUGACUGUGCUGAAGGAGAAGACACAAAAGCAGGAACUCACCAUAGAAACAUUACAAACUGAGCUUGAUCAGACAUCUGAGGAGCUGGACAAACUUAACACCACACACUUAGAAGAACGAGCUCAACUUAUUCAUGACCUUCAGAGCUGUGAGCGGGAAAUCGAUAGUCUUAAAGAUAUCCUUUUGGAAAAGGACAAGGAGAUAUCGGUCCUCUCUGGUAACAUGGUGGAGUAUGCAGAACAGAUCACAGUGCUGAAGCACGAGAUCAAACUCAAAGAACAGAACUUGGUCCAUAUAGAAAAUGCACUGAAUAAGGCAGAGCGGGAGGCCAAGAUUAUCAGAGACUCACAGAAUUCAGACCAGCAGACCCUGAACAGCAAGAUCACAGAGCUGGCUGGGAAACUCAAGGAUGCUGAGAUGGAGUUGGCCAGUGCCAAAGAGGAAAGAGAGUCGAAACUGACUGAGCUGGAACAUCUGAUAAAGCAGGCCGAUGAGGACAAAAAAACUAUUUUGGACCUUCGAGGGGAGAUCCAGAAACACACCGUGAGCCAUCGUAAUCAUCUGUCAGAAUGUGAAACACACAUCGCUUCUCUAAAGGAACAGCUGACUUUAUCCGUCCAAAAGCUGCAGGAAUCACAAGGGCUUGUUUUGCAGCUCAAGGACAAAAAUACUAGUAGUGAAAAAUUACAGCAACAUCUUCAUGAUAAAGAACAGAUGUAUGAAAGAGAACUGAAAUCUUUCAAGGAAGAGCAUAACAAACUUCUGGCACAGGUGGAUAAAUACAGAAGUGAAAUGCAGACAUUGUCCAGACAAUUAGAGCAGCAGGAACAGAGUGAGGAACAUAUAAAAAGGGACAUCCAGGAAAAACUGGAAACCAUAGCAUCACUGGAAAACCAACUCAAGGCAAAUGAUCAACAAACCAGGGAUGAGAGGCAGAAAUUCAACAGUGAACUGCAAAUCCGGGACUCUGAGAAUCAGAAGUUGAGCGAUGAACUUCAAAGAAAAUCUGAAAAUAUCUCCAAACUUAAGAACAUGUUAAAAAGUGUGAAGACUGAGAACGAGCAGCUGCUUGACAGACUUAAAGGGCUGAAUGAGGAGCUUGAGCUACAGAAGCAGAAUUUAAAAGAACUUCAAGAAAAGCUUACAGCUGCUGUUGAACUUAACAGUGGUUUGGAGGAUCAAGUUCGUUGCCUUACACAAGAGAAAGAAAGACUUGACAUGAAAGUAACUGACAGCAUCAAAAUUAUUUCAGAAGUUACAGCAGAAAAGGAUUCGUUGCUAGCCAAAAUAUCCAUAUUGGAAACACAGCAUUCACAAAACAACAAGAUUAUUGAAGGGCUACAAAAAGAUAAAGAGGAGCUGACUGUUCGAAGUAAUGAGUUAAAUAAAGUUCUUGAUCAAAGUACACACUCACACUCAGAAAUCCUGGCAAAAACAAAUGAAUGUAGUCAUCUUAACCAGUUACUUAGGGAGAGGGAGGAAAAGGUCACCCAGCUGCAGGAACAAGUGCAAAGCUUGACUUCUAAGGUAGAUCAGCUCCAGCAUGACAUGGCGGAAAAAGAAAAGACUGCCAGUGAUCUUUGUGUACAGCUACAGGCCCAACAAGAUCAGCAAAUGCAACUUCAGAAAAAAGACAAGCAGGAAGAGUACCACAAAUUGGAGAAUGAAACUACAACUCAAAAGAAUAUUGUAUCCAAACUGCAGGCUGAGGCUGAAAAGCUUAAUGAAGAACGCUCGCGUCUCAGGCAGCAACUUGAAGACAGAGAAGAAAUAUUGAAAACUGUGACACAACAAUGUCAAAAACACAAAGAGGAACUGAAUGACACAAACAAGACUGUGAAGUCUCUGAGUGACCACACUUCUGUCCUAGAAGAAAACAUCAGAAAGCUUGAGUCUGAAGCAGGGCUGAGGCAAACAGAGCUGCUCGGCCUAAACAGUCACAUCCAGAAGGUGACUGAGGACAACCACCACCUUCGAGCUACAUGUGAACUGAGAGAAAAGCUUGUUUCCGACCUUGAAGGACAGCUUAAAGUGACUCUUGAGCACAACUCUAGUUUUAGCAUGAAAAUUAGCAGCCUAACAGAAGAUAAUCAAAGACUGCAGGAUGAGUUAGCACAGAACACUAAGUCUCUGUCUGAUGUAGCCACUGAGAGGAGUUUCCUCCAAGAAAAAAAUUCAGGGCUUGAAAUUCAAAUCUCAGACAAUCAGAAAAUAAUUGAUAGCCUGUUGAAGGAGAAGGAGCAGCUUACUGUAGCAGCAGAUGAAUUAAGAAAGGUCCUCAAGGAAGGUGAACUGUCACAUUCCGCUGGCUUGCUUGAGAAAACAAGUGAAUGUGAUAAUCUGUCAAAAACGUUAAGAGAGAAAGAAGAACAACUUCAGAGUUUACACAAGCAAGCUGAAACCUUAAAAAUGCAAGUUAGUCAACUCACAGUCUCCUUGAAUGAGAAAAAGCAAACGGUGACAGAGCAGCGUUCCCAGCUAGAGGCUCAGCAGAACCAGCUGCUGCAGCUUCAAGAUACUGUGUCGAUGCUUCAGGAGCAGGGAUCUGUUCUCAAGUCAGGUCUGAUGGAGAAAGACAUGGUGCUUCAGCAGAAAGCUGAGGAGUGCAGUGUUUAUCAGAAAGACGUCCUGCUGCAGAGAGACCUCAUAUCACAGAUGCAGGGUGAGGUGGAGGCACUCAGGCAAGAGCGCUUGGAGGCAAACAAGCAGAUAGAGCAAAAAGAGCAGACACUGAAAGAACUAACAAAUGAAUUUCAGAAGCAUACAGAUGAGCUGGAUAAGCAAAACAACUCAGUGAUUUCACUCAGCAGUCAGCUCAGUGCUAUGAAUGUGAAUGCGGCAGACAUGGAGGUUGAAGUUACCAACCUAAAGGCUGCUGUGCAAAAGCUCAGUGCAGAAAACAGCCAGCUGAUACAGCACGAGGACCAGAGAAAGGCAGAGAUCGUCCACUUAAAAGACAGCAUUCAAGCACUAAGUGAACAGAAUGCAAAAUUAAAAUCUGAACUUCAGAAAAUAGUGAUGGAUCUGUCCAAAGCACAAGAAGAAGUCACAAAUCUCAAAGCAGCAGUCAGUGAUCGGGACAAGGAACUCAAAACUGCAUGCUCAGAGAGGGAGACUCUUAAUUUGACCAUGCAAGAAAAAAAUGACUGUCUGAAGCAGCAGGAGAGUUUGGUCAAGCAACUCUCCAGUAGGAUUGCUGAGCAGGAGGAUCAGCUGAAACAGAAGGCAGAUGACAAUGUCAGUUUAAGUGCAAAAGUUUCAGAGCUCAAAGAUUCUGUCUGUAAACUUAGAAGUCAGGUUGACAGUCUUACUUCAGAGUCAGCCCUACUGAAAAAUUCUUUGGAGAAGAAAGAGCAGCUAAGUCUUGAAUAUCAAAGUCAUUCUUCAGCUGCUGCUGAAAAUCUUAAUUUCAAGCUACAAGCCAAAGAGGCAGAGUGUGAGACCUUGAAAGAACAGAUUUCACACCUUGAGGAAUCUGUCACAAAGCUCAACAACGCCGUGCAAGGACAGGUAGCCGAAGCAGACGAUCUGAGAAAGGCAAUGAAAGAAAAAGAGGUGGCUCUUUUGGACAAAUCAAAAUCUCUUCAGGACAUUCAGAGGAGAGCAGAUGAGGCUUUGCUCUUCAAAACUCAGUUCAUGGAAAGUACAGAGCUGGUGUCACAGCUGCAGAGUCAAAUUCAGUUACUGUCCACCGAGUCUGAAAACCUCAAGAAGAUGGCAGAAGAAACACAAAGUGCCUUCACUCACCUACAGGAGAAGCAUGCAGCUAAGUUGGAGGAGUUGCAAGAUGUGAAAAAUCAACUGUCCCAAAGGACUGAUGAGGUGUCCAGCCUUAGGAAGUUACUCGAUGAUUCCAGUAGUGAACAUCAGGCAGCAAAGACCGCCAUAGAAACACUGAGAAAUGAGUUGUCAGCCAUCCAUCACAAACUUCAAAAAACUGAAGACCUAAAUGCUAAGCUUUUAAAGGAGAAGGAUGAAGUUUUUGCUUCCCAUCAGGCAAAUGUGUCACUUCUCACUGUUGAAAUAGAAAAGCUUAAAUCCCAACAUCUUCAAGUCACAGGACAAAUGAAUGCACUGACAGAAAACCUGGAACAGAGAGAAAUGGCUCUCCAUGCAAUUAACAGUCAGUACACGGCCCAGGCCAAACAUGCGUCUCAGCUGGUUUCAGAAAUGCAGAAACUAGAAGAGCAAAAUAAGAAACUAAACAAGGAGAUUACUUUGUUAAAGCAGGAGCACCAGAAGUAUCUUACUGUCACUAAUGAGAACACACAUUUACAACAGGAAGUUAGGAAACUUAUCGUAGAGAAGGAAGAGCUGGAAAGGAGACAUCAUCAGACAUGGACGUCGCAGGCGGAGCUGCAGGUUCAAAUGGAGCGGCAGUCCAGCAGCACCAGUGAAAUAAUGGGGACACUGGUGUCUGAGAAGGAGAGGCUUCAAGCGCAGGUUAGUGCCAAAGAUGAAGAACUUUUUCAAUUAAGAGAAAACAUUCAAAAGAUAGAGCAAGUACUGCGGGACUCUGAGAAGGAGUGGCUGUUAGUACUGGAUAGAGAAAAACAGGAAAAGAAUCUACUUGCAGAACAGUUGAAAAGUGUUGAAAAUGAAAUGAAAUCUAAAGAUGUUAAAGUCAGUGCUUUGAAACAAGACUUGGACAGUUUGCAGGAGAAACUAGCAGAGGCGUCCUUGGCAAUUAGACAGGGUUCUGAUCAGCUGAACGCAAAAGAGUUGGAGGCGUCGGCGUCCAGGAUUCAACUUCAGAAGGUAUUAGCAUCUGUUCAGGAAAAAGAUUAUGAGAACAGUAAUUUGCAGCAGGCUCUAAAAUCUGUGGAACAUGAGUUACAGACCCUUGUAGUGAGAAAAAAUGUUGCUGACAAAGACUCAUCAUCUGCUUUGAAUGAAGGAAAAGCCUCUUUACAGGACAUGAUACAACAGUUAAAAGAGAGGCAUCAGUCUGAGGUCGAUUCUUUGAAAAAUGAGCUGGAUAAAGCUGUUGCACAAUUACAAAAAGCACAGAAUACACUUAAUGAGGAGCAGACGAGUAACAAUGAGAAGGGCCAGCAAAUUGCUCUUCUACAAGACGCUGUAGAGCAUUUACAGACUCAGCUCAACGCCGAAUCAGAGAAAAUGAAAGCAUCUGCUGUCAAACACUCCGGUUUACACAGUGAACUGCAAACAAAAGAUGAGCAGAUCAACUGUAUGAGCGUUCAGAUAAGUCAGCAGAAGGAGCUACUUGCUGGACUCAGUCAGCAGUUAAGGGACAAAGAUGCUUCUAUUGCACAAGUCAUAGAAUCUGUCUCAAAUGAAAGAAUGAAGCAUGGUGAGGAAAAAACAUCUCUAAUAGCACAGUUAGAUGGCAUGGAGCAAGCACAUAAGAAAAGGCUUGAUGAGAUGUCUCAGCAGUUAGAAGAACAUAUGUCACACUCCCGAAGAGAAAUGGAAACCAAGAAUUCAGAGAGGGUUGAGCUGAUUAGGAAAAAUGAUGAUCUUAAAAGUGAGCUAGCUAAGAUGUCUAAAGAAAAAGAUGCAAUGAAAAAGAAGCUUCAAGCUGCUCUAGUUGUCAGGAAAGAUCUACUGAAAAAAAUCGAGGUGUAUGAAAGCCAGAAAGAGGAGAGUGUAAGCAAUAAAACGGAGGUUUUACUGUUACAGGAUAAAUUACAGGAAGUAACAAAUCAAGCUCAGGUUACGUAUCAAGAAAGUUGUUCUCUUUUUGAAGAGAAACUUGCUGAGAAAGAGCGAGAGAUUCUUGAACAUAAAAGACAAAGUGAAAGACUUGUGGAACAGUUACAGUCAGAAAAACAAAUGUUGCAAACCACAUUAAAUGAGAAAGAAGUUUGCUUGUCAGAAAAGUUGCAAACACUCGAUGAAAAAAUCUCUAUGAUCAAGCAGCUGCAGUCCAGUGCUGCUGAGAGAGAAGACGCUUUUGUGCAUGAAAGAGACGGCUUGAUACAGAAAUUAGAAGAGCUUCAACAUCAAAUGAAGACAUGUAAAGAUGAACUAAAGGACAAAUCUUCCUCCAUUGCUACAGCUGUUGAUUUAGAAAAUGAGCUUGCGCAGAUGAAGGUAGAAAAAGCGACACUACAGAAAAAAGCCCAGGCUGCUUUGCUGGCACGCAAAGAGGCAGUGAAGAAGGCUCAGGAAAAUGAAAAGAAAUUAACUCAAGAACUGGCUGAACUGAAAGAUGACUACAAGGCUCUCCUGGAGCAACGCUGUCAGCAGACAAACGAGCUAAACGCUGUGCAGUUAAACUUUGACGAGAAGGUUAGGGAACUGGAAGACCUCCAUCAAACCUCGCUGGCUUAUCGGGAUGAACUGGACACUUUGAGACAGCUGGUCGAGGAGAGGGACAGGACCCUGCGAGAUCUGAAGAUGUCUCUGGCUGAGAAAGAGAGCCAGUGCCAUUCUCUAUUAAACCUGCAAACAGAGAUGGAAGAUCUUAAAUCCAAAGCUGAGAGCAAUUGUCUUGAGUUAGCAAGUAAAGAUGAAGCUCACAUAGUCAUGGAGCAAAGAACAGAAGCUUUGAAAUCAAAACUGCUCACAGUAGAGAGGGAGUUAGAGAAAGCUCAUGCAGAAGUUAAAGAGAAGACAGAAGAGAUCGAGAAAUAUCAGGAAACAAUCAAAGCCGCUGUGCUAAAGACAGAACAGGAGAAGCAAGCUUUACUGAAUGAAAACAUGGCUUUACAGACCCAGCGAAAUCUCUCUGAGUCUGCACUAAAGGAACAGAUAGAAGAAAAGGAGGCUCUUUUAGAGCAAAGUAAUCAAAUGAAAGUGGAACUUGAGAAAGCAGUAGCUUUACUUUCAAAGAAAUCCACUGAAGUUUUAGCUUUCCAAAGGGCAUUAGCAGAAGCACAGCAGCAGCACAGUGACGACAGAGGCAUUCUGACCAGGAAGCUAGAAGAAACAGAAAGGAGUUUCGAUUUGUUAAAUCAAGAAAAAGGAAAUGCUGUCAGAUUAACUGAUGGACUCAGAGGCGAGGUAACCAUGCUGAACAAGCAGCUGAGGGAGGCAGAGAAACAAAACGAACAGCUACAUCAAAAGAUCACUGAAACGUGCAUCAAACAGGAAGAUGGUAACAAAGAAGGGGUCUGUCUUUCUUGCAGCUGUGCUGAAAACUUCACAGUGAAACUAAAGGAGAAAGAUGAUGCCUUGUUAGUUUCUCAGGCUCAAGUUGCAGAGAAGGAAAUGCUAAUUGCUGAACUUGAAUUGCAAUUACAGCAGCAAACUAAAGUGCAUGAAAUUGCCAUUGAAAAGAUGAAAACAGAGACCGGUGAGCUUCAGAAAUCUCGAGAAGACGGCACCAGAAUGAACAAUCAGGACAACCAAAGCAAAACUGCUCUCCUAACCAGGAAACUUCAAGCAGCUUUAGUUUCAAGAAAAGAACUCCAGAAGGAAAAUGCAAUACUGAAGGAAGAAGUAGAGAAGCUCUCAACCAAGCAUGAAGCUAAAGAAGCAGAGUGUGUUUCUCUGGAGUCAUCAGUGUUGAUGCUGAAACAACACAACGUGGACCUGGUGAGUUCUGUCUCAUCUUUGAAUAAGGAGAAAGAUGAUCUCAGCGCCAAGGUAGAUCACGUCCUUAAUGAUAAUCACAGUCUGUCAGCAGCCUGUGACAGCUUGAAACUCACCAUAGAAAACAUCACUCAGCAGAAACAGGCUUUCUCAUGCCAGCUUGAAUCUCUUAAGGACUCUCAAACAGAGGAGCUGUCGAAGUGGAAGUCACAGCAUGCUGAGCUGAAACAAGAGUACGAGUCUCUUUUACAAGCUUAUGAAAAUGUCAGUAGUGAAAUGGAUAAGAUGAGACAGCUUUUGGAGGGGGCCAAAAAAGAUCGUCAGGAAGCCCUUCGAAAACUACACAAACAUGAGGCCGAGAUGGAGGUUCUGGAGAAGCAAGUCAGAGAGAUGGAGGAGGAAAACGAAAGGAUUAAAGAGCGAAUGCACAAGUUUUCCAAAGAGAAAUGGCAGAGGAUUGAGGAGCUGGAGGAAGAGAAUAAGAAAACUAGAGAAGAGCUGACUGAGGCUGAUGAAAAUCACAGGCUGGCAACUUGCAAGCUGACUGAGAAAAACCAACAACUCGAGGCUGAGAUUUGUCAACUUAAAGACUCAUCAGAGGAUCUCAGAGUGACUCUUACCAAGAUGCAGGCUGAAAAUAGCCACCUGACAGAAAAGCUCGAAGAAGCUUGCUGCUCCUUGGAAAAGAAGCACUUGGAAUCAAAUGCAUACACAAACAACAUGCAGCUUAAACUUGAUGAAGCACUGAGUUUAAAUACUUCACUGACUGCCCAGAUUGAGGCCCAGAAAACAGAACUUGGUGCUCAGUUGGAAAUCAACAACUUGUUACAAAAAGAGAAGCAAAGUCUUUCAGAAAAAACUGAACAGAUUGAGAAUAAUCAUGAAUUACAGCUGGGAAAGAAGGACGAUGUCAUUAAAGAGCUGAAAGGUCUUAUUAACAGGCACAGCCAAGAGACUGUCAGCCUAAACGAGAAGGUCAGGAUCCUGGAGGAUGACAAAUCUCUUCUGCAGGAAGAGCUCGAAAAUGUCCAAGAGAUAUCCGACAAAGUGAAAAGUGAAAAUGAGUAUUUGGAAACUGUGAUCCUGAAGAACGCUGAAAGAAUAGAUGAACUGACCGAAUCUGUAAAUGCUUUGCAAGCCCAAAACACACAGCUGUCCUCUCAGCUUGUAGCUAGUAAAGAGAGGAGUAAUCAGGUUCGUCAAGAAAAAGAGGAGGAGCAGCUGAAAUUAGUCAGAGAGUUUGAGGAGAAACUCAAAACUGUUCAGAGAGGCAAUGAGGGGUCCAAGAACAUGAAGAAAGAGCUGCAAGAGUUACUGAAAGAAAAGCACCAGCAGAUAAAUCAGUUGCAGCAAAACUGUAUUAAAUACCAAGAAGUGAUUUUAGAUUUAGAAAGCUCUUUGAAGAGCUCGCAGUCGGCCUGUGAACACCUGGAAAAAGAACUGAAGAAAAGUUCAGAGAAGAUCUCGGUUUUAGAGGAGAAAAGCAAACAAGUUGAAGCUGAGCUGAUCACACACAAGAAUCUCCUCCAGGAGGCCACAGAAAGGUUUGUGAGUGUUGAGUCUGAGAGAGACCAGCUGGCUCUGGAAGUAUCACAGCGCAGUCAGCAGUCCAAGGCUCAGGCAGGGGAGAAAACAGAGUCAUCACAAAAUGUAGAUGAGAGACAAAUACAUUCAUACAUGCAGAAGCAGUUUGUGUUACAGCAACAGAUUGAUGACCUCAAGGAUUUAAGAGAGAAGGAAAGCCAGAAAGUGGAUGAAAUGAGGCAGCAGUUGGACUCCCAGGAUCUACAGAUAAACACCCUGAAGAGAGCAGCUGAGACGAAUGAGGCCAAACUGCUCGCGUUGUCCUCCACUCCUCAAGGUGCAGAUGCUACAAAACGUUGGGAUAGUUUGUUCCAGAAGAGCUUACACGAGAAGGAUAACCAGCUCCUCGAACAGGGGUUUGUGAUCAAAAGAUUCCUUGAAGACAUGAGACUGAAAGACAAAGAGGUGAAUGAACUGCGAGUGACCAAGUCAAGGCUGGAGAGGACACUGAAUGAAUACUCUGUCGCUGCCGCCGCACAGCAAAGACAGCUGUUCGUACUGAGCGCCAGCAAUGCUGAACUCUCGGAGUCUGUGGAGCUUAUAACGGUGCAGGUGAAGGAACUGAGUGCCCAGGUGGACAGGUUAGAACAAGAUAAGAACGCACUGAACCGACGGCUUACUGACAAAGAGGAUGUGAUUUCCCAAAUGCAGCUAAAUCUCCAGCACAUGGAAAAGAUAAAUUCAGAUACAGAUGCUCAGCUGCACCUUUUACAGUUGCAAAAUGACAGACUUCAGGCUGAUGCUGAGAAGCAGGAGGGAAUUUCUCUGCAGCUGAAAACACUUCUCCAGAGCAAAGAUGCAGAGAUCUCCUCCUUGCUGUCCUGUAGAGACGGACAGAUGUCCGGAUAUCUGGAACAACUUCAGGCUAAUUAUUGCUCCCAGGCAGCAGUGUAUGAGGACAGGCUGACAUCUUUACGCUACCAGAAGGAGAAGGCUGACAAAGAGUUCAGAGGGCUGGAAGCCAAGGUCAGAAGUAUGCAGCUUAAGGUUAACAGAUCUGUCCAGGAAAAGGAGCAGAUGGCAGCUAAGAUGGAGUCACUGAAGAACUCACUGGUGUCUCUACAGAGUGAAAGGGAGCGGCUGGUGUCACAGUACAGAAUGCUUGAAGCAAAGAGCGAGUUAGGGCUGAAAAGUAAAGAAGGCUCUGCUGAUGGGGAAGGUGGCGCAGCCAAAGGUCUUAAACAUGAAAUAAGGAAGUUGUUACAUCAGAUGGAUGAUCUCAAUUCAGAGAACGCGAUGCUCAGGGCUCAGCUGGUUCGAUACAGAGAGGAUCUGAAUCAGGUUUUAUCUCUGAAGGACAACCAAUUGAAGGUGCUGCUGAAGAAGCAGCAGGAUGUGAUUAAAAACCUUGAAAAUCAGAAGGAUGCAGUUGAAAAACAGCACAGAGAGUCUCAGCUGGAACUCCAGAAAGAAGAGGAGGCAAGCAGUGUGCUAAAAGCAGAGAUUACUAAACUUAAAACUCAGGUCUCAAAACUGGAAGCUGAAAUAUCAAAUCAGAAAAAGGAACAAGCCACAACAAAUGAAGGCAAAGUGAUUGUUGACCUGCAGGUGGCUGUGGCAGCCAAAGCUGCUGAAUGUAAUGACCUCCAGCAAAACCUUCUCUCUCAGAAAAUCUUUGCCGAUGAGCUCAAGGACAAAAUGCAGCAGGUGGAAAAGGAGACCGACAGAAAACUGGCUGAAGCAGAGGAUAAAUACAACAGUGAGCUGGAUGCAUUUGAGCGGGAGGUAGAGCUGAUGAGGAGCGAGCGAGAGACGGCUGAUCAGAGGGUGGCAGAGCUGGCAAGAGACCUCCUGGAAAUGGAGCAGCAGUUAUCAGAGGCUCAAACGCAAAGUAAAGACAUGAAGGUUCAAAAUGAGUCCCUGUGCAAAGCCAUGGCUGCUUUACAGAACGACCGUGACCACCUCAUCAAAGAUUUCAAGGUCCUGAGAAACAAAUAUGACGAAGAACUUCGAGAGACUCGAGCAGUCUUGAACAAAGUCGAGCGCAGUCUGCAGGAUGCUACUUCAGAUUUGGCGAUGGUUGCUAAAGAGAGGGACAUCCUUGUUCAUAAAUUAAAAGCAGUUGAGAGCAAAGAUGCAAACACAGAGUUGAACAAGCUGCUGGAUGAGCUGUCGAAGGCCCUGUCAGAGAAGGAAAGGGAGCUGAAGCAGGUUGUCCUGGAAAACAGCACAUACAGCAGGCAGCUGUCGGCAUUCUCCAGGUCCAUGGCCAGCCUCCAGAACGACCGGGACAGGCUGAUGGAUGAGUUGGCUGGGGCCAAACGAGUGGUUGAGUCCAGGCAAGGGGCGAGCCCACAGACAGUCGCUUCCAUGAGUGCCGACACAUCUAAAGCAAGUGGCAUCAAUGCUCUGCAGACUGAGAAGGACAGGCUGAAGAUGGAUGAGCUACAGCAGAGGGCACAGACUUUCAGAAAACCACCUGAAGAAGAAGUCAGCAGCUCCCAGGGAGAAGCAGCCAACCUGAGGUCUGACAGAGAGAGGAUGGCCACACCACUAGUCCAGGAAACAGUUGCUCUGGCAGGACCGGGUGGAGCGGAGGGCGUGGUGAGUCGGCUGGAGGCAGACCGGGUUCAGCUCUGCACAGAGCUGCAGCGUUGCUUGUAUGAGAUCCAACAACGAGACCAGUACUUCCAGCAGCUCAACACCAAGCUGCAGCAGGCAGUGGAGGAGAGAGGUGCUGUUGCAGCUCAGCUGAGGGCUGUUUCCCAGACCCUGAGGGACACACAGAAUCGCUGCCACUGGCUGGAAAGCCAGGUUCAAGGCCGGGUCCAAGGCCAGGUUCAGGGGGCAGUAUUCGCUGCGGUGGCACCAGGAGCUCCACAGGAAAGGAGCAGCGACAUAGUUGUGGCUGAAGCUGCAGAAGCUGGUCAGCUCCAGGAGAGGCUGCUUGAGCUGGAGCAGAGUCUGGCAGAUGAGCGAGCCAGGAGGGAGACAGCUGAGGAGGCUCUACGCCUUUCUGAGGACAGAGCCAAGAGUGUUGGCUCCAGUCUGCCCAGACACAGUCAGAGGGACUUCAGUAUCGAGGUGGAAACGGACGAGGAGUGGGAAGCUCUCAGCCUCAACCCCAACCAGCCUCUAAUAACUCGAAAGGUGAAAGGCGGCGUGGUGGCGUGCCGGCGGUGGAUCAGGGGGAGGAGCCUCUACUUCUCCAGGCUGCUGACAGGCCGCGUCCGCUCACGAUAUUUCUUUCUGGCCUACUUGCUCAUGAUACAUGUGCUUGUCCUCAUGUGCCUCACUGGUGCCCUGUAGCAAGGUCACACUGGGAAAUCACAAACUGACUGAAGGGUCAAACUGGAAGCAGGCAUUUGUAUUGUUGUUUUAGUAAUACUGCAUUUUUAAUCCUGUCUAAUCCUGGUAAACACUACAGCUGGCUCAUGUGCAUCAGCCAGAGAAGCUCUUCUGUUCGUGUGCUUGUCGACUCACAGCCAAUGAUAAAGGUUUCAGCUCGCACUUGUCAUUUUCUGAUAGUUGUAAUAUUAAUUUUAAUAGUUUUUGUUAGUUUUUUUAAUGAAAGGCUGAACUCAUACGUUUCAGACGGCACAACACUGGUUUGUUUAGGUUAGCUCAGAUUAGAGCAGAUUUCUUUUCCUGACAUGUUGUAUGGUAAACGAAGCCUUAAAUCACCAACCAUCUUCCCCUUCCUUCCUUUCUGAAAAGGAGCAAAACUGUUGAGCCUUGUUGCCUGUAGUUUCAGCUACGAUGCUAUUAUCACAUGCACAACAGAGAGGCUCAAGAAAAAAGGGCAUUGAUGUGAACUUAAUGUCAAUGCCUGAGAAAGGGGCACGACGCUGCUGUUGGUUACACUACUGGACUUCAUCUCCGCUCUGCCUCCUUGUCCUUCCCCUGCACUUGGAGCAAACAUGCAAACAUCCCAUGUGUCAGUAACUGUUUGCACCAGCUGCUAAUUGUUUCCCUGCCCGGGUUCCUACCUUGCACAUAAUCGUGAUGCUGAGUUAAAACUAUGCACUGGUUCUCCAAAUGUGUACAUAAUCAUGUGGCACUACACCUCUCCCCCCCGCUCCCUUUAAAGUGUGCAGCCAAAGGUGACCGUGUCCUUACCAGUAAAAGUUAGUGGGAGACGAGUUAAUUCACUCCAGUAUCAUGGUGUGUGCCAAUGUAAAUGUACAGCAUGAAUAGCAGAGGAUGUGACAGUACAUACUGUAUUUAAGGCUGUUCUCUAUUUAUGUGAGUGUCCCCAGAAAGUGUGCUGUCCACUCUCAUGGACCGUGUGUAUAUAUGCAUUUCUUGUCGAUGGGUAUGAGAUUUCUUUCUUCAUUUUACAAAACUAGAUCAGCUAACAAGUCAAAAAUAAAUAAAAAAUAAAACCUACAAUUCGUUUACAGACGAGACUAAAGGGUGCACGGUGUUUUUUGUCUUGUUAAUUGAUCCAGUUUUGUAGAAAACCACGGUAGCCGAUGAGUUUGUGGCAUGUUGGUGUAAUGAUCUGUACAUAAAGGUGUGAUUGAUGGACAAAACUAGAAGCUGAAUUAUUUAUGACACAGGUGAACUGACGGUUGUUCAGAUGGCAUAUUUUCUCUGCUGCCUCUAUUUUUAAGAGUUUGUGAUGCUGUUGGCCUUUUUGACGGCAUUAGGCUUCACUUGGUGCAAUACUGGGUCACAGGGGAACUUUUUCACUUCAGUCUCAGAAAAAAAAACUGAAUAAAGCUCCUUAAACCUUUCUUCAGUGUUUUCCAUGCGAUGUGCAUCUUGCUAACAGUCUGUGCUGCCAUCAGUCCCAUUUCAGGUACCAGGUUGUUGCUUUGCUAGAAGAUGAAGGGAACUUGGAGCUGAACGCUGAAGCGUACAAUGGCUUCACAUAUUAUUCAGUCUUCACUUUUUGCACGUUUGAUUUUAAUUUAAAUGGAUCAGGUUUACUUUUUGGCAUUUAAUUCUGCACACUCCUGAUAUGAAAGAUUUCAAAUGCCUAAAAAACUGAAAUGCAAUACCCAUUCUUACAUGUAUUUCCUUCUUAUCUAUGCAUUUACUAUGUCAUAAUUAAAUGGAAAACAUGUUAAAAGGGUGGUGUUUUGUCUUUAAGAACUGACUGGAUUGUCCUUUUCACCUUAUAUUUCCAUGACAAUAAAGUCUAAUCACA